UUUUGCGGUUUCCCUGACAUCGUUUGUUUCCCAUAUUAAUGAGCAUUUCUUUACUGCACAACGUCCCUAAAGAAAGAGAAAUGGAAAAUGUGCAUUUGGCUGUGGAGGAGGACGAUCUUUAUUCGGGUUACAAUGACUAUAAUCCGACAUUUGACUCCGAGGAGUUGGAGAAUGAUGUGGGCUUCCAGCAAGCAGUAAGAACAAGUCAUGGAAGAAGACCUCCAAUGACUGCCAAAUUUCCUGGCACCGCCAUUGGAGCUCGGCCCUUAGCUUCUUCCUUUGGAUCUCGGAUCCCUAUGGCCUCUUCAAUGGGCAGACCUGUGACAGGAGCUGUGCAGGAUGGGGCAGCCCGACCAAUGACUGCUGUCAGAGCAGCAGGUUACACCUCCUCUCUGACCCGUGGCUCGACCUUUGACCCUCUGGGCCAGUCCAGGGGCCCAGCACCUCCACUUGAAGCAAAGAAUGAGGACACGCCAGAGGAGAAGAUCAAGAUCUUGGAGAAAAAAGUGAAUGACCUGAUAGAAGAGAGUUGCAUGGCACAGAGCAUAGGAGCCUUACAACUGGCUCUUGAAAAAGCCAAAGAAGCAGGAAAGAAGGAGCGAGCGCUGGUCAAGCAGAGGGAACAGUCGGGCAACGCAGACCACAUCAAUUUAGACCUCACCUACUCUGUCUUGCUCAACCUUGCCAACCAGUACGCGAACAAUGAAAUGUACCCAGAGGCCCUGAACAGCUACCAGGUCAUUGUGAAGAACAAGAUGUUCAGUAAUGCAGGCCGUCUGAAAGUCAACAUGGCCAACAUCUACUUCAAACAGAAAAACUACCCGAAAGCCAUUAAGUUCUACCGAAUGGCUCUGGAUCAGAUCUCCAACACUCACAAGGAAAUGAGGAUCAAGAUCAUGCAGAAUAUCGGGGUGGUCUUUGUCCGCAUGGGCCAGUACUCUGAUGCCAUAACAUCCUUCGAGCACAUCAUGAGUGAGAGUCCCAACAUCAAGACAGGCUUCAACCUCAUCCUGUGCUACUACGCUAUCGGCGACAGAGAAAGGAUGAAGAAGGCCUUUCAGAAGCUCAUCUCUGUUCCUCUGGGAAUUGAUGAUGAAGACAAGUACAUCCCAACUAAUGAUGACACCAACUCAAAUAUGGUCAUUGAGGCCAUUAAGAACGAUAAGCUGCACCAGAUGGAGAGAGACCUGAAGAUUCUGACUGAGAAGUACAUCAUGACUGCAGCCAAGCUCAUCGCUCCAGCCAUCGAGAAUUCUUUCGCUACUGGAUUUGACUGGUGUGUGGACAUGGUGAAGAGCUCUCAGUAUGUUGAGCUUGCCAACGAUCUAGAGAUCAACAAAGCUAUCACCUACCUCAGACAGAAGGACUUUAACCAGGUUGAGGCAGUGGAAACACUGAAGACAUUCGAGAAGAAGGACAGCAGAGUGAAGAGCGCUGCAGCCACUAAUCUCUCUUUCCUCUAUUUUCUGGAGAAGGACUAUGAUCAGGCUGACCGAUAUGCUGAUCUCGCCAUGAACGCUGACCGCUACAACCCCGCAGCACUUAUCAACAAGGGCAACACAGUGUUUGUCAAACAGGACUAUGAAAAGGCUGCAGAGUUCUACAAAGAAGCACUGAGGAAUGAUUCCUCGUGCACUGAGGCCCUCUACAACCUGGGUUUGACCUAUAAGAGACUGAAUCGCCUGGAGGAGGCACUGGACUGUUUCCUGAAGCUUCAUGCCAUUCUGAGGAACAGUGCCCAGGUCAUGUACCAGCUGGCCCACCUCUAUGAGCUUCUGGAAGAUCCCCAGCAGGCAAUCGAGUGGCUGAUGCAGGUCAUCAGUGUAACUCCCACUGACCCCCAGGCACUGGCAAAACUGGGAGAGCUGCAUGAUGGGGAAGGGGACAAAUCCCAGGCUUUCCAGUACUACUAUGAGUCCUUCAGGUACUUCCCUUCCAACAUCGACGUGAUCGAGUGGCUUGGGGCUUAUUACAUCGAGACACAGUUCUGUGAGAAGGCCAUUCAGUACUUUGAAAGAGCCACACUCAUCCAGCCAACCCAGGUGAAGUGGCAGCUAAUGGUAGCAAGCUGUUACAGAAGAAGUGGAAACUACCAGAAAGCUCUGGAAACUUACAAAGACAUCCACCGCAAGUUUCCAGAAAACGUAGAAUGCCUGCGUUUCCUGGUGAGGCUGUGCACAGACAUGGGAUUGAAGGAAGUUCAAGAUUACGCCACCAAGCUGAAGAAGGUAGAAAAGAUGAAGGAGAUCAGAGAACAGAGGGUGAAGUCGGGCCGGGAGGGCAGUGCGAGAGGUCGGAGAGAAGGACGAGAGGGCAGCGCAGGGAGCGCUGGCAUCUCCACACCUGUCCUCACCUCCCCUAAGAAGUCCAGCAUUAUCGACAGCGGCCACAGCAGCAGCAGCACUAAAGGAGAACGUCUGAGCGCCAAGAUGAGGUCCCUCCCUGGUUCUAAUGAGCCCUACGAGGCCAGCAGCCCCAAAGAACUCGAUGCUUCCUACGUGGACCCACUCGGGCCUCAGAUGGAGAGACCGAAGACAGGAGCCAAGAAGCGAGUUGAGGACGACGACUUUGCAGAUGAAGAGCUGGGAGACGACCUGCUGCCAGAGUAGAAGCUUCCACCUUCGUCCUUCACUGCACAUCAGGACAUUUUCUCUUUUGGCACCUUCGUAAAGCAAGAACACAAAGCCUCACCACAAAACCGAUUUAAAACUCAGAUCUGCAGAUCUUUAGAUGGUCCAGAGACUCUUCAGAGUCAACGAGUGAAAUGUCUUUCCUCCUCACAGUCUGGUCAUCUGAGUCACUUUCUAUUAAAAAAAACAGAUAAUUUUGUUAAAGCUACAUAUUUAUACGUGUUCAUGUUGCAGAAAAACACCUACAGUGCAGUCUGGACAUGUUUGGACACUUUUUGUUGUGUCUCUGUGGUCCAGUUCUGGGUUUGAGGUGAAAUCUGAUUGUAUUUAUAUUCAUAUCUGAGUGUAGAAAUUAUUUGUGGACAUACUGUUCCCACAACGUUUUACUAUCACCCAGUGUGUUGGAGUUCAGUGCCAAACAAAUGAAAAACAUAUCACCAUCCUGAUACUUUUAAAUGCACUGUAUGUUUCCAUGUGUGAGCCUGGAAAGUCCAUCAGCAUGAUGCACUGAACACAUGUAAUCCAUCCAUUGCAGGACCUGUUUCAUUUACAUUUUGUAUUUAUUCCAAAAAAUUCACAUCAAAAUCUGUACUAUAAUAUUUAUUUAUUCUUUGUUCAUAUCUUUGUUGCUUGUUAUAUAAUAAAAAAGAAAGUAUUUUCUCAUAUCAAGAAGAAAA